AUGGCUUCUAACCCUCCUGGACCCUGCUGCGUUCGCGGCAACCUUUUUGGCGGCGAACCCAAGGGAAAGCUGACCAAGCUGGCCGACGAUAAGACGGAUGCCUACAUUGCCACUGCCUCCGGCCCCAACGCCGAGUCGAGGAAGAACACGGCCAUCCUCAUCGUGACGGACAUCUUUGGCAUCUGGCCGAACAGCAAGCUGAUCGCCGACGAGUUCGCGGUCGAGGGAUACACGACUCUCGUGCCGGACCUGUUCAACGGUGACCAGGCCAGCCUCAACCCCCCCGCCGGCUUCGACAUCUUCAAGUGGCUCGCCGAGGGUACCGGUGGCAAGAACCCUCACACCAAGGAGAUCGUCGACGGCAUCGUGGCUGAGGCCAUCAAGACUCUCAAGGGCCAGGGAUUCACCAAGAUUGGUGCUGUCGGAUACUGCUUCGGAGCCAAGUACGUCGUCCGCCAGGCCAAGCUGGGCAUCGACGUCGCCUACGUUGCUCACCCGUCGUUUGUCGACGAGGAAGAGCUGGCUUCCCUGAAGAUUCCGUUCGCCAUCGCCGCCGCCGAGACCGACACCAUCUUCCCUAACGAGAAGCGCUACCAGUCCGAGGAGAUCCUCAAGAAGACCGGGGUGCCUUACCAGAUCAACCUCUACCAGGGCGUCGAGCACGGCUUCGCUGUCCGCGGUGACCUGUCCAAGAAGGUGGUCAAGUAUGCCAAGAAGUCGGCUUUCAACCAGGCUAUCGAGUGGUUCGAGGAGUUUCUUGUCUAG